AUGACGGAACAAUACGAUGUGGCAGUUGUUGGUCUUGGGGUGCUCGGAAGUGCAGCCGCAUACCACGCAGCUUUAAAGGGCAAGAAAGUCAUUGCCUUUGAACAAUUCGAGCUUGGACAUGUACACGGCGCAUCACACGAUACCUCACGAAUUGUGAGAACAACAAACUCGUCUCCGGAAUAUGUGGCAUUAGCCAAAUCUGCAUACAAAGACUGGGCCGACCUGGAAAAGGCAACCGAUCAAAAACUGUUAACGAUUACUGGCGGCGUCUUCUUUCUUCCCAAAGAUGCCCCUACGCCACUUGGGGACUUUACACGAAGUCUCGACGCCAAGAAUGUCCCAUACGAGGUCCUCAACGCAAAGGAGGUGAACAAGCGAUGGCCUCAAUUCGACAUCCCGGACUCGGUCGAUACUUUAUACACAGCCGAUACUGGAAUCGCCCACGCAGCAAAAACAGUUCUUGCCAUGCAAAGCUUGGCCCGAACCAAUGGUGCCGCGCUAAGGGAGCACACUCGAGUGGAUCGAGUGACACCCAAGAGAUCAGGGCCAGGAGUCGUCAUUGAGACCUCCAAGGGCCAAGUUCACGCCGCCAAAGUCAUUCUUGCAGCCGACGCCUGGACGAACAAGCUUCUUGCCCCACUUGGUGUGCACAUUCCUCUGUCAGUUAUGCAAGAGCAGGUUACAUAUUUCAAGCCGGCAGAGGAAGCAGCCUGGGAGCCCAGCAAUUUCCCCGUGUGGAUUUGGGGUGGCGAUCCCUGCUUCUACGGCUUCCCCUCUUUUGGCGAGCCAACGAUCAAGGCCGGCCGAGACACAUCCAACAACUUUAUGACACCUGAGCAACGGACCUAUGUGCACUCGCCACAGCUGCUCGAGCAGUUGUCUUCAUUCAUGGGCAAAGUCAUGCCUGAUGAGGGUCGCCAGGCACUUCGAACUGUGACCUGCCAGUAUUCUAUCACACCGAAUAGGCAGUUUGUCAUCAGUCCACUGGAGAUACAUAAAGAUAUCAUUGUUGGGCUGGGUGCCGCCCAUGCGUUCAAGUUUGCGCCGGCAUUUGGUCGUGCUCUGGCGGAGCUUGCAGUUGAUGGGAAGAAUACGGAGGAUUUGUCGAAGUUCGGGAUACCCAAGAACGCGACUUAUACUAGUAAACUUUAG